UCGCUUCCUGUCCGUGCCCAGGUCACCGCUGGCCGUGGUUCCCAGGCUUUGGCCUCCGUUGGGCGAGGAUCCCGGGGCCUGCGGGGCUGGACGCUGUCCGGUCGGGCCGCCACCCAGCGGGCGCGGGGCUGUGCGGGCCAGGGUUCGCGCGGGCGGGCGGAUUCUGGAGCGGGGACCCCCGAAGCGACCCCGGAGCCCGCGGGCCAGGCCCGAGGAGCUCGGGGGAGGCGGCGGGGUCCCGGCUGGGCUGGGCUGGGCUGCGUCGCGGCGGCCGGGCCGAGGCGCGCCGGACGGUGAGGCCCCGCGAGGGACGUUUUCCUGAGUGAGUUUGUCCCGUAGGCCCAGAGCGGGCUCCUCGGGGACGCGGCCUCGGGAGGCGCAGCGGCGGGAACCCCGGGGGAGGGGCGCCGGAGGAACAGUCCGGUCCUAGAGCCUCGGGAGCCUUGGGACAGAUCAGCGAGUCCCGCCGGGGUAGGUUGUGCGUCUGCGGCCCCGGGUCAGUUCUGGGUCUUCCCGGCCGCGGUGAGCAGGCUCGCCCGGGAGAGGACACGCGAGGGUGAGACGGGGAGCGUUGGCCACUUCCCGGAGAUCCUUGUGCCUGGGCCGGGGUGCAGGGUCGGGCUGCUCGGGAGUGGGCGCUCCCCUGGGACUUGUGACUUCUCGGUCUCCUGGGCGACUAGGGUGUCAGCCUGGGCUGCGGACGUGCGGUGUCCCCUCCCUGCACACCCGACACCCCUUCCUCUGCUUCUCCUCCUCCGGUGUUCCAGUUACAGACGGGUCUCUAAACGCCCAUCAGGACCUUUGUUUUCUGACCUAAGUCAAGAAAAUGCGUGAAUUCCAGGAGCCAGUGUCGUUCAGGGACGUGGCUGUGGACUUCACACAGGAGGAGUGGCAGCAGCUGGACCCCGUGGAGAAGACAACCUACAGGGACGUGAUGCUGGAGAACUACAGCCACCUGGUCUCCCUGGGGUACGACAGCACCAAACCCCAUGUGAUCGUCAAGUUGGAGCAGGGGGAGGAGCCAUGGGUGGCAGAAGGCGACUUCCCACGCCAGCGUUGUCCAGAAGAAGUCUGGAAAGCUGAUGACGUGUUAGACAGAAUCCCAGAAAAUGAAGAUGAACAUUCAAGGCAAGCAGUUUGUAUCAAUAGCAAAACCCUGACUGAAGAGACAGAGAAUGCAUUUGACAAAACUUGUAACACAGAAGCAAGCCCUGCUCCUUCCAACAUAUCUCAUGAUUGUGUCUCAUGUGGAAACAAUUUAGAGCCAAGUUCGGAAUUAAUCAUUAGUGAUGGGAGCUAUGCAAGAAAGAAACGGGGCGAGUGUGGUGAAUGCAGGGAAACACACCACGGAGAGAGACCCUAUGCAUCUAAUCAGAGUGGGGGGGGCUUUUCUCAGUGUGAAGGAAGUGUUCUUCAGAAAAUUGGUAUCUUAGAGAAACCCUUUGACUACAGUGGAUGCAUGGACACCUUAGACAGUGAAGCUGUUUUCAUUGCUCGUACGAGCGCUUAUGUCGGGGAGAAGCCCUAUGAGUGGAGCGAUUCUGGAUCAGACUUCCUCCCGAUGUCGAAUUUUAAUGUGUACCAGAGACCACAAGUGGAAUUGAAGCCUUUUGAAUGCAGUGAAUGUGGGAAGUCCUUCUGUAAAAAGUCGAAGUUCAUCAUACAUCAGAGGGCUCACACAGGGGAGAAACCCUAUGAAUGUAACGUGUGUGGGAAAUCCUUCAGCCAGAAGGGGACACUCACCGUCCACCGGAGAUCACACUUGGAGGAGAAGCCCUACAAGUGCACCGAGUGUGGGAAGACCUUCUGUCAGAAGCUGCAUCUCACUCAGCACUUGAGAACUCACUCAGGAGAGAAGCCCUAUGAAUGUAACGAGUGCGGGAAAACCUUCUGCCAGAAGACGCACCUCACCCUGCACCAGAGAAACCAUUCAGGAGAGAGGCCAUAUCCCUGUAACGAAUGUGGGAAGUCCUUCUCCCGCAAGUCCGCCCUCAGCGACCAUCAGAGAACGCACACGGGGGAGAAACUGUAUCAGUGUGAUGAGUGUGGGAAGUCCUACUACCGAAAGUCUACCCUUAUCACACACCAGAGAACACACACGGGCGAGAAACCCUAUCAGUGUAGUGAGUGUGGGAAAUUCUUUUCCCGGGUGUCGUACCUCACCAUACACUAUAGAAGCCAUUUGGAAGAGAAACCCUAUGAAUGUAACGAGUGUGGCAAAACCUUCAAUCUAAACUCAGCCUUCAUUCGACAUCGCAAAGUGCACACAGAGGAGAAAGCGCAUGAGUGCAGUGAGUGUGGGAAGUCCUCUCCGUUCAGCUGCCUCACUGCCCAUCCUGCAAGCCCUUUAGGAGAGAAACCCUAUGAGUGUCACGAGUGUGGGAAACCCUUCCUUGGAAACUCGGCCUUUGACGGGCACCCGUCACUUUCGAGAGGAGAGAAGUCCUACGAGUGUAACAUAUGUGGGAAACUGUUCUCGGACUUGUCGUACUACACUGUGCACUAUCGAAGCCAUUCGGAAGAGAAGCCCUAUGGCUGCAACGAGUGUGGGAAGACUUUCUCCCAUAACUCAUCCCUCUUCAGGCAUCAGCGAGUCCACACGGGAGAGAAGCCCUACGAGUGCUACGAAUGUGGGAAGUUCUUCUCUCAGAAGUCGUAUCUCACCAUCCACCACAGAAUCCACUCGGGGGAGAAGCCCUACGAGUGUAGUAAAUGUGGGAAAGUCUUCUCUCGAAUGUCAAACCUCACUGUGCACUAUAGAAGCCAUUCGGGAGAGAAGCCCUAUGAAUGUAACGAGUGUGGGAAGGUCUUUUCUCAGAAGUCAUACCUCACGGUCCACUACAGAACUCAUUCAGGAGAGAAGCCCUACGAAUGUAAUGAGUGUGGAAAAAAAUUCCACCACAGGUCAGCCUUCAACAGCCAUCAGCGAAUCCAUAGGAGAGGAAAUAUGAAUGUACUUCAGGUGGGCAACCUCCUGUGAGUCCAAUCUCAUUUUGGAAAACCCCCUGAACACAGUUUUUGGGUCAGAUACCAUGAUAGAGAGUUCAUGCUUCUGAAUGGGGAAAACAUUUAGGCAUUAGGUUUAUUCUAAUCUGAAUUUUCAUAGAGAAGAGUCCCUAAGAAGAUAACAAGAAGCAAAGCCUUCAUCAAGACACUACAACUCAUUGGACGUUAGAUAAUUUAUACGGGAGUAAACUUUAUAAAUAUUUAAUAUUUAUUUUGGAUUCAAAUUGUAUUUACAUAUCAGGGAAUCAUACCAAGGCAAAGUCUGUUGAAGUAAUAACUGGGGAAAAUAUUUUGUCUUGGACACUGUUAGACCAAAAGCCAUAUUUCUGGUGUAAAAUCACGUGUUUCUAAGAAAGCUAUCAGAAGUUAUCACCUCGGAAUAAACCUUCAUUGUAUAAAAUGAAGUUUUCAGGUCAUCAGGACUAAUACCCGGGAGGAAGUUUCCCUCGUGUUUUACAAAUGUGAUCUAGCAAUAAUUCUAUGCAAUUAUACACUGGGGUUGGAGUAAUGUGUGAGAAGGCAGUGAUCUUAUUUGCGUAACGAGAUGGCAAAAUGUUGGCUAGAUGUUUGGGAGGUACAAAAUUAUAAAAUGCGUAAUUUUCUAUUCAGAGGCAUUUAUAAAUGAGUUUCUAAUAAGUGCCUCACUAAUAGUGAUGUUUGUAUUUUUCAACUACAUUUGAGCAAAAAAAUAUUUUAAAACCGACUUUUCAUAGACUGUAGGUAAUUUGGCAUUAGGUCUGUGUCAGUGGUACAGGACAGCUGUCCUGCUCUCACUUGUGGGGCGUGCCCUGCCCUCAAACCGGGUAGGUAAUCCGGAAAUUGUAUGUGUGCUGUUAUUUCAUAUGAAUACAGGGCUGUUGUUUUGGGCACUACCCCAUAUUUCCAGUAUUUCGGAACAAAUUAAUACAAGUCUCGCAGACACUUCUGAUGAACACGAUGUCCUUUCUCCCCUUUCCUUGGUGGAAGGGUUUGGUGCCUGUUGUUUGUUCACGUGACUCGGAGGGUAAGUUCCAAUGAGUCCAAAUGAAUCCUGACAAUUUUGUUCUGAGUGCCAGGUAACUGUUACAGUGGCUACCUGACCGCAUCUGGGCACCCAGUGAGCAAGUGUGUUUUACCCCAGGAAUGGGAGGUGUUUUAAUCAUCAAAAGUGAGUAACUGUGCACAUCACAUGAGGAAAGGAAUGCAGUGCUGGGAAACUAAUGUGCUGAAAUCACCCGUUUGUGUUCUCAGCCAGCUGUGCAAAGAGGAGCUGCUUUAAUCAUGUGAAGCGUAUCUUAAGCUACAAUCAGCACCAUACGUAGGAGUGAAAUACUGAAAGUGUUCUCCCAAGAUCAAAAAAAUAGCCGAGGAUGUCUACUAUGACUAAUUUUAUUUGACGUUAUGCAGAUGGACCUCGCCAGGAAAGUGGAGGAGGAACACAAUCAAAAGGCUUAAGGUUUAGAAUGAAGUAAAGCUUUCAUUUGCGGAUGGCAUGGUGUGUGCAUAGAAAAUUCUGCCGAUUUUACAGAUAAUUAAAGUCAAUUAGUAAGUUUAGCAAGGUCUCUGCAUAUAAGUUCAUUAUGGAAGGCUUGUGUUAGUAUACCAGCAAUGAACAUAGAAAAUGAAAAUUUUAGAAGCAAUACCUCUUAUAAUUGCAUCAAAAGUCCUCAAGUGCCUAGGGGAAAACUUACUUAACCAUGUUUUCAAGUUAAAAAGCAAACAGUUAUUAAGCAGAGAAGUGUGUUUAGUUCGUGGAUUCCAGCACAAUUCUUUAAGUGAUGUCAGUUUUCCUCAAAAUUCAAAUAUUCAAAACAACAUUAAUGUUCUUAUGAAAUUUAGCUCAUUCUAAAAUCUGUGUGAAAAUUCAAAAGACUGACAAUAGCCAAGGCUGUCUUCAAGGACAGAAGAGGAAGAGGACUUGUAUGUGCAAACAUCAAGGCCAGUUGCAGAGCCACAGAAGUUACGAUGGUGGGACAUUGGCAUAGAGAUAAGCCAGUGGAGCAGACUAUGUGUCCUGAAACACCCAUCCAUGAUACCAUCGGUUGGUGAUAGAGAUGGUAAUGCUGUGUAACUUGGGAAAACAUGUUCUUUCCAGUAAAUGCUCUGUCCAUGAAAUUCCAUAAUUUAAUAGAACAGUUGAGAUGACGUGCGGGUCUAAGUGUGACGUAAAAUCAUAAGGCUGUUAGCAGGCAACUUAGAUUGUAGCCUUACAAUAAACAAAAUUUCCUGAAGUCUCAAAAGACACCAAACCAUAAAAUAAAACAUUCAUUUCUGUUUAUUAGAAAAGACACCAUUAAGAAAGCAAGUAGGCAAACCACAGUGGGGAGAAGAAUGUGCAGUUCACCCCACGCCUGGAGACUUGAGUGUAGGGGCUGGUGGUAAGCAUUUGGGCUGCGCCCCGUGGACGGUCUCUGCCACAGCCACCCCGCUGUGCUGCUGUUCAGAGAGCCCUGCACGGUGCAGGGCAAGCCAACGUGGCUGUGUCCCAGUAGGACUUCACGAACAGGCGGUAGUCUGGACAGACCAUAGUUGCUGAUCUCCUAAUCUAAAACAGAAAAAGAACACCUACAAAUCAACAAAAUCAGAAAAUGGUUAAAAGACUUGGACAUCCACUUCACCAAAGAGGACAUUUAGAUGGCCAAUGAACAUGAGAAAGUGUGCUAAUUUUAUUAGUAAUCAGGAAAAUGCGAAUUUUAAAAGCCUCAUACGUACUACCACCCACCCUCUGAAAUGGUUAGAAUGAAAAGCAUUAAAAAGCAUCAAGUUUCAGCAAGAAUGUGCUGCUACUGGUCUGGCCGAUGGGACCAUUUGGGGAACCAGGGGCAGGGCAGGCCGGACGUGUGCACAAUGUUUCAGCCAGACCCGGCGGAAAUGCUCAUACAUGUCCACCACCGGUGCCUGUCCUGGAGUGUUCGCGUGAGGUGCGGAAACCAGAACCGUCUGAGGGCAUGCUUGCAGCAGGGCGAAGGCACGGGAGUGGCGUGUUUCCACACAGACCAUGUCGAGUAAAUGGUCCAGACACAUGAGCAUCGUGUGUGACAAGAACACGCACGUCUACGCAAUUAGAAGUCAGGAUGGCCUUGGCAGAGGCUGGGGAGCGGGGCCCAUUGGUGCCAGUAACAAGCGGUUUCGAAAUCUGAGUGUUUGAGUGUGCUGUGCGUGCAAGGUGUGUGUGUCCUGCAUGUGUAUUCUUCUAACAUAAAAAGUUGUUAAAAUCACGAAUGUCUACCGUUUCAUUGCUCAGCGCUGUUGCCACCUUCUGCACGGGCAGGGACGUGCUGCAGAACAGAGUUCGAUGGUAGAUCGUGGGAUUCUGUACAGGAGAUACUCCAGUGGUUUUCAGGCAACCACUAAGAUUCCCUGCACCGCGACCCGAAAGCUUAAUGACUCACUCGUAGUUUAAGUCACACGUCUGAAGGUCAGGCAGCGACGGAUUUUUAUCAUCCUACCCUUUGCAUAUGUGAGUGGGUCUGAGCUGCCUCUUCAAUAAAACUGAUGUGUGUAAACGUUU